AUGAAUGGCUCCUGGCUGUUGCUUUUUCCCGCAAAUGGAUCUGGAAGAGCCUUACUAAAGCGAUUCUGUCUCAGAUCCUGCUGCAAAACUUCUUCAACAAGUCAUCCUACCUCAAAUUUUGUCUCUACAACAAUGGCUGCUUCGUCAUCUGCCUCCUCAGCGUCUGUAGAAGCACCUGUAUGUCCAGUUCACACAGAGACGAGUAUUCCUCUAAAUGAGACCUUGAAUGAUGCCUGGAUAGACAAUUGUGCAGAUGAGCUUCCUAUCUCCUGGGGUCGAGAGCAUCUUUCCAGUGCAGCAGCCGUUUGCCUACUCGCAUUAUCCAUGGUGGUUGCGGGCUCGGGCAGUUUGGUGGUUCUGCGGCUUGUCAGGCAACUGCGGGCCAUACACCUGUUUGUGGGCUCUGGAAAGAAUACGGUCUGUGACUUGUUUUCAUAUCCUAUUAAUUUUUUUAUAACUACUUAG